AAAUUCACGAAUCACAAAUAACCGACAAAUAAAAGGUUUAUUCGUGAUUGGUUGAAUAUUUUCAUUGGUUGGGUACUCGACUUUUGUCAUGUGAUCAUUCCCUAUUUAUGUUAAUAUCAGUGAUAUUGUCUCGAAAUCUUGUGGCAAAACAAUAACAAACUGUGUUUUACGAUUGGAUCGUAUGAAUUUUUUGGUGCGUAGGUAAAGAGAGCGGUGCAGGAGUAGAUUCCAACGUUUAUUGCUUCUGUAUAAUAUAUUCUUCUUACACGUGCAAAGAAACUCGGAUUUGUCAAAAAUUAACUUCGGAAAAUUUCACGAGACAAUGUCCUCGUCUAAGAAAGACAUUUGCUGACGAAAGUCAUGGUUAUUUCAUCUGAGGGUAUUGAGUGUACUAUGUAAACGUGUAGAUUUCGAUCAGCAAUCUGUAAUAGCACGAAAUAUGCAAAUGGAUGAACCUUUGUUUUAAAUUUCGUGCUUUGCUUUGUUUGAACUGUAAAUUGAAUGCCGUGAGCGUAUACGGUUUUCAAUCUUUGUUUUUGUCAUACUUGACUUUAAUUUUGGGUUAAAGAUCGUGUAUUCUAUAAUUAUUCACAAAUUCAGUAUCCAGAAUUUGAUGUCAUACAUCAUUGGUACUUUAUACCAUCACAGUAAUUGAUUUACUUACAGGAAAGAAACUGUUGGAAAAUCUGGAUAUUCUAAAAUAUUUUUGGAAAUUAAAAUUAGCUCAAUGGAUGGAAUAAUAAAACAAGAACCAACUCAAGAAAUGGGUCCAUCUUCAGCAUCGGUACCAAUACCAGGGGGGCACAGAAAUAUUAGAGGCGUAUACGACCAGUUUUCUCCAUCUCCAUUAGCUUCAGUAUGGCCAAAUAAAUCAGAACACAUAGAAUCUCCUUUUAAAAUGGAUUCUGAUCAGUUAGAUGACUUUUUUAAGAUGGAAAAAUGGGAAGAUGAUGAUAUACUCCAAGUGGAUAAAGCUGAUCUUAUUCAAGGACCUACGCUUGCUGAAUUAAAUGCGAAUGAUGAUACUCUCCUUGGUGACUUAAAUUUUGAUGAUUUACUCUUACCAGAAGAAAGAGUUCAACCAUUUAAAAUGGAUGUUAACACGACUCAACCAGUUGGUCCAUUAUUUAAUGAUAAUAGUGGUUUUGCUCCAAGUAGCUUUCCACAAUCUGGAUCACAAUAUCGUAAUGUCUGUCUCCCUUAUGCAAAUGCACAUGGAUUUAAUCUGAAUAUAAACAUUAAUGUUGCUGAUAAUUUGGAAACAAUUAGUCCUAAUGCUUAUCCAAGUCCAGGAACCAGUAAUAUUGCAGUUUUUGAAGUAUGCCAACUUGCACUCUGGCUCUUGGGGUCCAGAUAUGUGACUAUAUUAAGAAGUUCAACGGCAAGUUCUUCAACAUCUCCACAUCUUAUGAAUAGGCCUAAUGGGCAAUCUGCUCUUCACGAAUUGUUAAUGAAGCGAUGUGAAAAUUCGUUCGAUAAUUCUACAUGUAGACAAAUAGACAUUGGUUGUACAAAUAAUAAAUCCAAGGUUUCUAGACUGUCAAUGUCUGCACCAACCAGGACAAUGGGAUUAGAACAGAUUUGGGCUCGUAGAGAACCAAGACCACAUUUACUGAGUACUAGUAGUCUUGGAGUUGUUGAAGCAGGUUCAACAAGUAGUUUGAGUACUGGAGGUGCACUUAGUCCAGAUCCACUUUAUCACAUUGAUCAUCUUAGUCAUGAUGAAGGUUAUGAAGAUAGUGAUGAUGACAGUGAUCAUUAUGAUGAUUAUAGCAGCGAUAAUGAUACAGGUGGUAGUGAUGGUGAAGAUCAGAACAGUGGAAAUAGAGUAGGAAGUGGAAGCGUAGAUUCAAAUAGAGAAAAUAAACAUAAAAAGGAACGAUAUUUUUGGCAAUAUAAUGUUCAAGCAAAAGGACCGAAAGGACAAAGACUUGUUGCUAGAACGCGACUUGAAGACCCACAUGUUUUAAAUGAAGCCACAGAUCCUGUUUUUAGUCCACAUUGUGCACUUCGUGGAAUCAAACAUAGUGGAAAGGCACGAAAAGGGGAUGGAAAUGAUCUUACACCGAAUCCGCGCAAAUUGUAUAGUAUUGGUCGUGAAUUGGACAAACUGUCUCGUAUUAUCAAUGAUAUGACACCAGUUUCAGAAUUACCAUUUACAGCAAGGCCUAAAACACGCAAAGAAAAAAAUAAACUUGCUUCUCGAGCAUGUCGGUUGAAGAAAAAAGCUCAGCAUGAAGCGAAUAAAAUAAAACUACAUGGUCUUGAACAAGAACACAGACGAUUAAUCCAUGGUAUUUCUCAGGCUAAACAAACACUUGCUGCAAAAUUAACGGAACCUAAUCCUGAAAAUCAAGAAGAAUUAACACGUCAAAUGGAAAAGUGUUGUAAAUUGGCCACCAAAGUAAGAAUAGCAAAUCAUUCGACGGAAUUUGUCAACAAAGUAUUGGAUAAAGUACGCGCUGGUGUUCCUGAUGGUGGUAUUGAUGAUUUUUAAUAUGCCUGAAUUUUUGCUAAAAAAUAUUCAUACGUGCGCAUAUAAAGAUGCGAGGAAGAAGCGGUGUGUUAAUACGAUAUUAUGUUUAUUAAAAAUCAAGAACAGAAUAUUUUAUAUGGAGAUCGAGAACCAAGAAUAUGUAAUGUGGACAAAGAACUGUUGAAUUCUAAAAACAUUUAGAAGAUUUGAAAAUAAUUAACAUGUAACAAAUAAUUAAUAGUAUCAGUACUAUGCAAUUUUAAAUAUUUACUUACAAUUUAUUACAAACUCCAAUCGUUUGUAAACAGCUAGGAAGUAAGUAGACCUGCAGUUAAAAUAAAACAAACAACAUCAUUUUAUCUAAUUAUUUUUAUAUACUAAAUUUUAUAUAUAUAUAUAAAUUUUUGGUUCUCGAUUUCAACUGUGAUAUUUCUAUUGAUUUAAUUAUUAAUUAGUUUUUAGUAGAACUUGUACAGUUCACGCCAAAAAGAGAUGUAAAAAAGGUUUCAGAUCUUCAAUGCACUAUCUGCAUUCGAUUGUAACUGCAUGUAUCAUCGAUUCUCUCUCGCUAAAGCGCUGCAUUCCUAUUGCCCAUUUCUUCUUUUUCUUUUUGUUUAUCUUGUAUAUAUCUUACGUGAAUGUAUGUGUACGGAUGAGUGUUUGUUGUAUAUGUGUGCAUAUGUCUACAUAAGAUACAAAAAAUGUACCAAAUGUCGCAAUAUUUUUCCACAUAACAGCAGAAACAGAAAAAAAUAAAAGUAGUGAACUUACUCAUAUUCUAGUAAUAGAAUAUGAAAUAUGGAGUGUUCCAAAAUUAAACUAUCAAACUCCACAAAUAAAAAUAUGAAAGAAAUAUCGUAUACACAUAGAUCUAUAAAUGUUUUAUUAUUUCAAAAAGAUUUAUUUAUGGUUCCAAUUUAAAAUGUUUCAAAGUUCAGUGAGUAUAUCAUUAAUCCAUCUUAUCCAUUAUUACGAUUUUCCAAAUGUUCAAAUUUUUAUAUUUCUUUCAAUUUUUAAAUCGAGGAUUCUAGGAAUUAGCUCAUUGCAGUUCCCGCGAAUGCAUGUUACUUGCACAUUUGUAUGCUCUCGUGAAUGCAGUUGUUCAUUAAUAUUAUAAAAAAAAUAUGUAGUGAAGUUUGUUUGUUUAAUUUUGAAAAACUUUGUACAAUAAUUUUGAGGACGUACAUAGUAAAGUCUUUAUUGUUACUUUUUCUGUUUUCUUAUUACAUAAGUAACAAUAUGAAAUUGCGUAAUUUAAACAAUUAAUUACAUUUUAACAAAAAUUUAGAGGCAUUAUACGAUAUGAGAUAUUUAGAAAAUUUUGUUUUAAAUUUUUACCUUUCAAUUGAUAUGCAUUGUCUUUUUUCUAUAUACAUUUAGAUUUUAAAUACUAUAAUUGGAAAACAAUUAAUUAUGAUUAGUAUUCUUAUGUUACUAUAAAAUAAUUAUACUAACAAUAAGUAUGAUAUUUUAUAAUUAGCGUAUUACUUUCUAAUCACGAUAAGUAUUUGUGUUCUAUUAUAAAUCAGUGUUGCGAACGUGGGUGCAUUAGAUAUUUUACUUAUGUACAUAUGCACACUUCAGAUUAUCUUGUAUAUAAAACUUUAUUUUUUUUAUAAUACAUGUCAUAUUUGUUAUAUUCGCAAUAAAAGUUAUAAAAUUAUGCGCAUACAAAAAAGUACUAUUGAAUGCAGUUCUUGUUAGUAGUUAAAAUAACAGUUAAUAUUAUCAAAAAGAAAUUUCUAUUUUUUUAUUUAAAAUCUACCAAGAUAUUAUUUCAAAUUGUUAUUAAUUAAGACGCAAUAUAGAAGUGAUAAAAUUGGUUAAUGAAAAUAAUUUUGAAAGGGAAUUUUAUUUUCAGAAAGUUUAUUUACUUUAAGUUAUUUGUAAAUAUCGUAUGGAACACAAACAUAGUUUCUUACAUUAUCAGAUUUGAAUACCUUUUUUCACGUGUCGCACGUAAUAUAUAUAACUUAUGAAAAUACCAGAUCGCUUAUUAUUUAUAACAAGCUUCCAUAAUACUUCAUACGAGUACUAUACGUAUAUAUUCGAUUAAAUUUACUUAAUACUUUUUUGUAGCUUUUGAUAAUUUGUGUAUGUGAUUAUUAUAUAAUGUAAAUUGUAUAAUGUAAAAGUUAAUUACUAUAUCAUUUAAAGUAUUGUUUUAAUGUUUUUGUAUAUUUUAUCAUACAUAUUAAGAUGAAAUGCUAAAUGUGACAAUUAAGUUUAUUAUUAACAAGUAUAUAUUUCUGUAAUAUUUGAAAUGGUAGUCCUUCCCAAAGAACUAUAUAAAUUGUUUCGUUUUGGUAUUAGAAAAUCUUUAUUAUCCGUUUAUGGUUGUAACUUAGAGAAUACUUGCAACAAAAUUAAUGAAAAUAAUUAAAAUUUAAUUAAAAUAGAUAUUUUUAAGGCUUUUAUAUAAUCAAUUAAAAUUAAUAUUUUACAGAUAGUUAUAUUUUGAUGUGAUGUUAUUAUCGUUUAAAGUAAAUUCGUGAAAAAUAACUAUUAUGUUAUAAGCGUAAGUGAAUGAAUGUAUGUAUGUGUGUAUGCGAUUUUGUAUAUGAAAUGAUUUUAUGCCAUUUAGAAUUUGCGUUAAAAGCUACAUUUAAUCAUUAUGAAAAGAUCAAAUUACAGGGCAGGGUAUUUCGUUUAAUAAGAUGAUUUAAAAUUAUUUCCGUUGUUCUUAGCGCUACAGACAAGUGCCUAAGAAAAGAAAUAUUUGAUUUUAAAAGAGUAAUUUAUUAUUAUAUUAUGCGUGAAAAAUCAAUGCGAUUGAAAUUUUUAAUGAUAUUUAAAUUUAAUAUUUAUAAUGAAGUCAUUAUUAUAGUUGUAGCAAAAGUAGAAAGUAUAUAAUAUAUUCAAAUCUCUAUUUUUCGUUAAUUGAAGAAAAAUACAACUACUUAUAGUAGCUUAAGUAUGGUUAAAGCGUGUUUCACUCAUUUAAAAUUCUAUGUUUAAUCAAAUUAAAUUUGUUUCAUUAUUAUCUUUAAAUUUAUAUUUAAAACGAUACGAAAUCUGUUUUACAGUAAUGCAGAGUUAAUUACUUUCAUGAAAUAAGAACUAUUUUUUUUUAAAUAGUUUUUUUUUCUAAAUACUAAAAGCAAUGGAUAAAUUUUAAAGGAUCGAGUUAAAUGAAAUAAUUAGUACAUUUUUGUAAUUUUUUAAAUUUUAAGUGCCUUUAAAUCCUACAAACACUUGACAUACGUUUAAUAUUUCAAGUUAAAAAUCUCAUCCAUAAAAUAAUGGGCCACAAGUACAACACGUUUCUUUCUAUGUACAGUAACAUUUAUAACAUUUGAUAUUUUAAAAAAUCGAUUCCAUUGUGGUAUUGUAAACUUGGUAAAUUAUGUU